UUGCGUAGUUUCUCCUAAGCGGGUGAGAGCAAAGGGCAGAGGAUGGAGCCUCCAUUAGCUGCUCUGCUGGUGGUUUUAGCCAGCGUCUCUCUAGCAGCUGACGUGUGCUACGAUGACGUUGGCUGUUUCACCACCGACUACCCGUGGAGUGACGUCAGAAGACCGUUCCCGAACCUACCCCAGCCGCCCGAGGAGAUACCCACCAAUUUCUAUUUGUAUACGAGCACCGUUCCCGAGAGGACGGCCAUUUUCUACAACGGCACCACAUUCGGCGACUUCUCCGCACAGCGGGAGAGGACGGCGUUCAUCAUUCACGGCUUUCAGGGCAGCGGAGACGCCUACUGGAUGAUAGACAUCAAGGACCUGCUCCUCCAGCAGUACGAUUACAACAUCAUCCUGGUCGAUUGGGCAGUCGGCUCCAGCAUUCCCUACAUUCAAGCCGCUGCCAACGCUCAGCUGGUGGGGCGGCAGGUGGCGCUGCUAGUCCACGCUCUAUGCGAUAUAGGUGGCGCUGUGGCGGGCGAUUUCCACCUGAUAUCGCACAGUCUGGGGUCUCAGGUGGCCGGUUACGCCGGGGCCAGAAUACCCGGUCUGGCCAGGAUCACAGGAUUGGACCCGGGCCAGCCGUAUUUCGAGGGCACACAGCCGGAGGUUCAUCUGGAUUCCACUGAUGCUGAGUUUGUCGACAUUAUUCACACCGACGGAAGGGAUCUACUGUAUGUCGGCUUCGGGUUCCAAGGGCCCUGUGGAGAUGUCGAUUUUUACCCCAACGGUGGUAAAAGCCAGCCGGGCUGCGGCGAUUUUGAGGCCAACGUCGCCUCCCUCAUCUACGAUCUGGAGACAAACAACAUCGACGAGAUCGGUGGCAUUUUCAACUGCCCACACGACAGAUCCCACGAGCUCUUCAUCGCCACCCUCACGGAGCACGAGUGUCCGUUCGUGAGUUUUCCGUGCAAGGAUUACGCCGAGUACGAGUCGGGCGAGUGUCAGCGGUUGGACCGAGCCACCAUCGGACGGAUGGGGAUGGACGCCGAGAAAUACAACCUCAGCGGGAACUAUUAUCUGCAGACGACCGGCGACAAUACCUCAUUUUGCAUGCACUACCUGGAGGUAGAGCUGCAGCUUUCUGAGGAACAGCAGGACGGCAUGGGAAAUCUGGUGUUUGUUAUCGAGACAAACACCACAGCUUCAGAACGGCUGCUCGGAUGGAGUUCUGGCACAAGUUGGUCGUCAGGAACCCAGCUUCGGACCACCGUGCACUCGCCCAUUGACCCCGCCCAGAUGACCUCGCUCAAGGUCACACUGCACGGCCAGGGGGCGGCCGUCAGCCCGCCCCUGCUGCCCCGGGCGGUCAAGGUCACCCGGUUCGACAGUCAGCUGACGCUGACGUCACAGGAUCUGUGCACGGAUACGGAGACGCUGCAGGAUAAGGAAACCAUGGUGUUCAGACCGUGCCAGGACUGAUUUAACUAAAACUUGCCGCGCGGCGCGCCAGGACUUGCCGUUUGAGAUGCGAGGCCUGUGAAUAAAAAAGUUUUUUUUUGAAAAUAGGUAGGUAUGAAUGAGAAAAUGAUUAACGCAAUGGGUAGGCAUGCCAAAUAGCGCCGAGGGUCGAAACACGAUCGUACCUCGCUUUCUCCCGAGGAAACGUAAGCUAGGGGAGAGUGGGGUAAUUUGGCCGGUGGUGUAAAUUGGCCGCCCCCACCUGUACGAUGUCUAAUAAAAGUGAG